AUGGUGUUGGAAAAGGAGACCCAUGGUCCUGUUAUUAUCAUCCUUGCAGGCAUGACUGUUCGAACCUAUCGAGAUAAAAUAUAUCUUUCUACUUCUUCGGCCUCAAGGCUAUACAUCGAACUGGAAAUUCCGGAGGUUACUGACUUCCUGCAUAAGAUACAAGAACCAGUUGACCGUAUACAGCGGACUGAAAACAAACAACAAGCAACUAUCAGUCCACAAGAAGAAAUGCAUAUUAAUAGAAAGAAGAUAGCUGACCUGUUGCAUCUAGAGGAAACAGAAAUUCAGAAUGCAAAGUUUACAUGUGAAGUUACCUUGAAAUCAAUAGACUGCUCCUACGGUUGGUGGUACAGAGCUUGCUAUGAAUGCAAGUCCGCAAUCAAAAGUUAUGCUGAUGCCUUCUGGUGUCGUCAGUGUGGAAAAAAUGAUCAAGCACCUAUACCAUGGUACAAGUUGAACGCAAUCGUCGAAGAUGACACCGGCGAUGCAAAUUUCACUAUUUUUGGGAGAAUUGCUCAGGAUCUGAUAUGUGUGCCUGCCCAAAAGCUUGCUACUGCAGAUGAUUCCGAUCGAUACGCUCUCCCUCCUGUUAUUAAAAAUAUAAUAGGCAAAAAACAUGUUUUCCAAGUGAUGGUGGAUCCUCAUAAUACGGAUAUGGGUAUCAGAUCAUUUAAAGUAAUUAAGAAUUUCUCAAGCCAAAUUGCACCUAAGAUUCAAAAGCAAAAUGAUGGUCAUGAAAUUGAAGAGCAAUUACUGUUAAGUCCUCCCAAAGAUCUCCACGCUGACUUAUCUGAAGAAGUAACUCCCCAGAUAAUAAGUCACUCUAGAUUGCUUCAAGAUGAAUCAAGAGAAACUUUUGAUAUGGAACAACCAAGAAGAAAGCGUCUUAGGUUUGCAGAAGAUGAUGAUGGCCCAAGCAGCAGCACCCGUGAAUAA